GCCCCAAGACGAGGAAGUGGAAGCGCCCGGAGGUCGCGAUGGUCGCCUGCAGGUGCCUCCCGGAGCUCCGAGGGCGGCGGCAGCAAGAGGGGCCCGUGAGAGCGAGCGCCUGAUGGCCAAGGAUGGAGGGGGCGAGGUCCUUGCCAGUGGUGAGGGGGCGCGCCUAGCCAGAAGCCCCGAGGAGGCCCUCUGCAGCCUGGAUGAUGAGGACAAUGACGAGGUCUUUGAGAGCCCGACAGCCAAGGCCCACGGCCGGGCUGGACCACGUCAGCCACCUUCCGCCACUGCAGCGUGGAUGAGCUGUACGAGCUGCUGGAGAAGCUGGGCAGCGGGCACUUUGGGGUGGUCAGGCGCUGCCAGGAGCGCUGCACGGGCUCCUUCUAUGCCGCCAAGUCCGUGAAGGUGCGGAAGCGAAAGGGGAGCCGCCUGGGCCUGGACCGCGAGCAAGUGGAGUGAGAGGUCUCCAUUCUCCAGCAGCUCCAGCACCCCAACAUCAUGCGCCUCCAUGACGUCUUUGCCGGGAAGGGCGAGGUGGUCCUGAUCCUGGAGCUCAUCCACGGAGGAGAGUUGUUUGACUUCAUCGCAGAGAAGGAGCUUCUGACGGAGACCGAAGCCAUCCAGUUCCUGCAGCAGAUCCUGCUUGGCCUGACCUACAUGCAUUCCCGGCGCAUUGCUCACUUUGACCUCAAGCCAGAGAACAUCAUGCUCUUCCAGAAGGAUGCCCCCAACCCCCUGAUCAAGAUCAUCGACUUUGGCCUGGCCCAGAAGCUGGAGGAAGGCGUGACCUUCAAAAGUUUGUGUGGGACUCCCCAGUACAUUGCUCCUGAAGUGAUCAACUAUGAGGCUCUGAGCACAGCAACGGACAUGUGGAGCAUCGGCGUGAUUACCUACAUCUUACUGAGCGGCAUGUCCCCCUUCCAGGGAGAGACGGACGCAGAGACCCUGACCAGUGUCGUCUCCGGCAACUAUGAGUUUGAGGACAAGUACUUCAGCCAAACAUCGGAGCUGGCCAAGGACUUCAUCCGGCAGCUGUUGGUGAAGGAGCCUGGAGACCGAAUGUCGGCCGAGGAAUGCCUCAUCCACCCCUGGAUCAAGCCCCUGACCCGGAAGCAGGUGGCGAACCGGAGCCGCUCCUCCAUCAACAUGAAGAACUUCCGCAAGUUCAAUGCUCGCCGGAAGUGGAAGCUCUCCUACAACAUGGUGUCUGCCUGCAACCGCCUCUGCCGGAUGGGCCUCCUGUGCCAGCAGAAGCGGGACGAGGAGAACUUGCGCGGCUGCGAGAGCGACCAGGAGGGGGAGGCCAGCAGCCCCGUCCCCCUCUUCCGCAGGCGAAGGAGCAGCUGCUCGUGAAUCAGGGACACCGGGAGGCAGCCUGCUCUUCCAGCCCCAUCCAUUCACCAACCCAGGAGGGUGCGGCACAGCCUUCGACAACCAGCCCAUGGUUGCUGCAAUGUGGACAGGGAAGGGGCCUGCUGGGAGGGAGCCCACCAUUAAAUGCCUGCGUUGCCCCACACUCCUGCUGUGCCAAGAGGGGGGGGGGCUCCCAUUGUGGGCGGGUGACAGCUGUCUCUCUGCCCCCAGCUCCCUGGGGCUUGGCGUUUUCCAGCAGAGGCCAGCAUUUGGGCCUUCUUAAAAAAAUGCUUUGUAUGUAAGUUUGCUUUUGGGGAGCGGGAGAUUUACUUCCCAACUAUUUCUGACCUACUUGGGGAACAGAACUCCACUCCCCCCCAUGCCAGAACCCCCCCCCCCACUACCCAUCCCUUCCUCCAGGAAUUCGUGACCAAAAAGGGUCCCUGGUCCCUUUUUAAUAACGUGCAUAGCGUUAAUGA